CUCUCUCUCUCUCUCUCUCUAAAAUCUCUUGUAUUUCAGAAAAAGUAAACUCUCUACUUCCAAUAAUUUUUAUUUUACAUGAUUGGGAAGCUUUUCUUUUAUAUAUUUUUUUUUCAGGUGCGCUUUGUAGGGCCUCCCAAAUCUAUCUAUAGCUUCAUCUUCUCCACAACUCGCAUUUACAAACCUCUUCGGAUUCUCUCUUCUUUUUUUUUCCUUCGUUUUCAGUGCGCUUCAAACCCUUCUCUACUCUCUCUCUCUCUCUCUCAACAUAUAUAUAAAUAUACAUAGUAUAUUCAUCCUUUGGUUCGUCUUUAAUUUAAUUAGCAACAAAGAGCAAGUGCUUAAGCGGACAUGUUGGCUGUGGAAGAUGUUCUCAGGGAACUUGGCGUAGGGGAAGAAGUGAAUGAGCAAGGGCUACCACCUGGGUUUAGGUUUCACCCCACUGAUGAAGAGCUUAUUACUUUUUACUUGGCUUCUAAGGUGCUUAAUGCCACUUUUUCCGGUCUCCAUAUUGCUGAGCUUGAUCUUAAUAGAUGUGAACCGUGGGAGCUUCCAGAUGUGGCAAAGAUGGGAGAGAAGGAAUGGUACUUCUUCAGCCUAAGGGACAGGAAAUACCCAACGGGGCUUAGAACCAACAGAGCAACAGGGGCUGGCUACUGGAAAGCCACAGGCAAGGACAGGGAGGUUUACAGUGCCUCCACCGGAGCUCUUCUGGGAAUGAAGAAAACCCUCGUCUUCUACAAGGGUAGGGCUCCCCGCGGAGAGAAGACCAAGUGGGUGAUGCACGAGUACCGUCUCGACGGUGACUUUUCUUUUCGCCACACGUGCAAGGAGGAAUGGGUGAUCUGCAGAAUAUUUCACAAGACGGGGGAGAAAAAAAAUAGUGUAGCAGCAGCAGCAGCAGCUUCAGUUUUAUCUCCCUCGAGGUCGUCCUUGGCCCCAGUACUGCUGGAGAACCAAACACCAUUGUUAGAGUCUCAGACUCAUCAAACCAGUCCUGGAAACCCUUUCGUCACCAACCACCACUUGAAAACCCUAAUCAACCCACUUCUCUCCCAAUCAAAUGCCUUAAUCAACCAGCUCUCUGCUGCUACUAAUAACACCAACUCCUCCAUCCUCUUCAAGUCUCUCCUCUCACAUCAACAACAACAACUCCCUAGUACUGUUACCAAACAGUGCAAGACAGAGGCCACCUUCUCCCAUUUCCAAAUAUUACCCGUCGAUGCUAAGAUGAAUUGGAUGGACAAGAUUAAUCACAUAAGCAGCAGCCCCUUGUUUUCUGAUAUGGAUUCCAGUAUGUUGGGGCCACAAGGCGCUGCUGUCGAUGACACGUCCACUUCAAUUGCUUUCAACACGCUCGCUAAUUUUCACCUCAUGUUAGACCAACCCAUCACACUCCCUCCUGCUGCCGAAUCUUGGCCGUCCAUUCCCUAGCUAACAUCUUCUUCGUAUGUUAAUAAUUGGAUUUUCUACUAUAUUCCUCUAUAUAUAUAUGUACGUACGUACGUAUGUUGUGUGUGUAUGU